CUGGGAUCGACAUGUCCUCCAUGUUUCCCGCGGUGCAGGCGGCAGAGCAAACCGGAGCAGCGGCUCCUCCGUCCCGUUAACGCCGCCACAGAUGUGUCCAGCCGCCGGGUACCGGAGCAGCGGCGGCCGCUGAGCUGUGCUGCGGGGCCUCGGCUGUCCGGAGCGGGUUCUCGCCGCUGUCUGCGGCUUUUUGUGCUGCUUUGCGGGUCGUCGCUGAUUUGGCGCAAACAAUGAGUAAACUGUCGUUCCGGGCGCGAGCGCUGGACGCCGCCAAGCCGCUGCCGGUGUACCGGAGCCGCGAGCUUCCGGAGGCGGCGGACAGCGGGGCCAUCAGCCGGGCCGUGCCGCAGAUGCCCACCGGGAUGGAGAAGGAGGAGGAGCUGGAGCACCACCUGCAGAGGGCGAUCUCAGCCCAGCAGGUGUUCAGGGAGAAGAAGGAAAACAUGGUGAUCCCUGUACCUGAAGCAGAGAGCAACACCACCUACUAUGACCGACUGUACAAAGGAGAAGUCAAAGUACCCAAACAGCUCAUCCACAUACAGCCUCUGGGUCUGGAUCUGGAGCAGCCGGACUAUGACAUGGACUCUGAGGACGAGACGCUGCUGAACAGACUGAACAGAAAGAUGGAGCUCAGACCUCUGCAGUUUGAGACGAUGGUGGACCGGCUGGAGAAGGCCAGCACUCACCAGCUGGUGUCGCUGUCGGAGGCGAAGCUGCUGCUGAACGAGGACGACUACCUGCUGAAGUCGGUGUACGACUACUGGGUGAGGAAGAGGAAGAACUGCCGCGGUCCGUCCCUCGUCCCUCAAGUCAAACAGGAGAAGAGAGACGGAUCCACCAACAGCGACGCUUACGUGGCCUUCAGACGGAGAACCGAGAAGAUGCAGACCAGGAAGAACCGUAAGAACGACGAGGCGUCCUACGAGAAGAUGCUGAGGCUGAGGAGGGAGUUCAGUCGAACCGUCACCAUCCUGGAGAUGAUCAAGAGGAGAGAAAAGUCCAAGAGGGAGCUGCUGCACCUCACCCUGGAGGUGGUGGAGAGGAGGUAUCAGAUGGGAGACUUCAGCGGAGACGUCCUCAGAGAAGUUUCCGUUCCGCUGCUGGAGAAACCGACUCCCAACACUCCGUUCUCUCUGAACAACUGCAGCCGACACAAGAACGACUUCAAGACCAAGUCGCAGAAGAAGCCGACGUCCAUCAGAGACGAGCUUCCCUUUGACCUGAUCAGACCAAAGAAGAAGCUGGUCAGACCGGACCGGUUCGGUCCUCCUCAGAGGCGUCUGGGCCGACCGCUGGGUCCGUACGUCACCAACCAGGCCGACAUCAAGCAGUACGACUUCCACAGCUCUGGAGAAGACGAGAGUCCAGAGGCACCGCAGUCUCCUCCAUCUUCAACCGAUGAUGAGAACAGCCCCGACGGCGUCUUCGUCUUCAGGAGGAAAGCCGGCUGCCAGUAUCUACCACCCCCAGCGGAUCAGACGGGUGGAGACAACAGUCCAGAACUUGUGUCUCCGUGUCUCCGUCACUCUCUGACCGAACUGUCUCUGCCUCCUUAUUGGAUGGGACUUAGUCGGCGCCGGAUUGGACGAGGGGGAAGGAUCAUCCUGGACCGGGCCUCCUCAGCUCUGGAUCCGGCCCUGCAGCAGCUGGACUCUCUGACACACCCAGUUAUCAGGACCAGGACCAGAACCGGUACCGGCCUCCUGGGAGACCCGGUGACUCCGGACCAGAGGCCUCCUCUGAGCUCAGGAACCACCUGCCCCUCCCUGGCCGAAGUCCUGAACAACAUCCAGAGCCUGAGGAGGUUCUGCUUCAGACCCAGACCGGCUCAGGACCACAGAACCGCAGGAUCCACACCUGAGGAUGGAAGACUCACCUGUCGACUCUCACCUGACUGUGGAGCAGCAGGGGGCAUCACUGAGGAGCAGUACCACAGUCACCAACAGCAGCUGGUCCAGAUGCAGAAACAACAGCUGGAACAGCUGCAGCUACAGAACAACACUUUUACGUACAGACACACAGCGGUGCACACAACACAGUCCUGCAGGUCCAGUGAUUCCGGUUCGAAGACUCUGGACUCUGCCAGCGCUCAGUUUGCAGCCUCGGCUGUGAUCAGCACUCCUCCUCCUCCUCUUCCUCCUCACGGUGCCGUCAGCAGCGAGAACAAACCCUACAGGAGCAGCGUGAACGGAGUCCAUCCGUCAGGUGCCUCCAGGCCUCCGUACUCCUCUUCCAUCAGCAGGGCGGGGCUUUCAGCUCGAGGGUCGCUGUCUUCCUCCUCCUCCCAUCAGUCCCUCCCCAACCAGAGGAGCCAGGUGGGAGCCGUCUCCCCCGCCCACCCCCACGCUGCUCGGCCCUCCGCCCCCCCGACAUCUGCCUUAAAGCUCGCCACUGUCGCCGCCAGCCUCGACCGAGUGCCCAAAGUCUCCACCGCCAGAGACUCCAACGAGCCAGAGAGACUUCUGAACGGACUGUCGGAGACCACGCUGCCCAUGGAGGUCACAUAACACCACAUCCCAUCAGCCCCUGCUCCUCCCAUCGGCCCCUGCUCCUCCCAUCGGCCCCUGCUCCUCCCAUCGGCCCCUGCUCCUCCCAUCGGCCCCUGCUCCUCCCAUCGGCCCCUGCUCCUCCCAUCGGCCCCUGCUCCUCCCAUCAGCCCCUGCUCCUCCUCAGUGUCUGACCGGUGAAUGUGACAAGCCGUGACCUCCAGAAUAAGACGAAGGUGUCUGAGUGGAUCCAGAACAUUUUACUGAGUGUGGAUAUAAUUCUAAUUAUUAUUAUUAUUAUUGUUGUUGUACAGUUUGUAAAAUAGACUCAUCACUUUAGUUUCUGAAGCACAUCCUCAUCAUGUGACUGCAGAAUCACCUGUAACCCCCACUGAUUGGCCCAUGAUGAGUCCUAUAUCUCUACUCUGAUUGGUUCAUGAUGAAUCCUUUCCCCUGCUCUGAUUGGUCCCCAAUGAGUCUUUUAUCUUUACGCUGAUUGGUCCAUGAGGAGUUCUUUAUCUCUGCUCUGAUUGGUCCACGAUGAGUCCUGUAUCUAUGCUCUGAUUGGUCCAUUAUCGGUCCUGUAUCUCUGCUCUGAUUGACCCAUGAGACGUUUUGUAUCUGCCCUGAUUGGUCCAUGAUGAGUCCUGUAUCUGUGCUCUGAUUGGUUAUUUAUUUCUGUGUUUACAUUUUGUAUUUCUUUAAAAAAAAAAUCUCGAUUUGUUUUUUUUUUUUCCCCCCAAAAGAUGAAAAUGGAUCUUUUUUUCUUUCCCAGAUUGUUUUUGUUUGUCUGUAUCAAGGUUUAGUUUUUAUUUUUUAAAUGUUUGUAUGAGUCUCUUCACGGCCUUCAGAUCACUGCAAUCCUAAAAUAUAAACCUGUAUCUUGUAACAGAGACGUGGAAUCUGCAGCUGUAACAGAAGUUUUUAUAUUUUUAAAGGUGAAGUGAGGGAUCCUGAGCUGAAGCUGCGACAGCUUUUAUUCUCUCUGCAGAAGAAGAAGCAGCAGCAGACUGUCGGCUGGUUCGCUCACUGAGUUUCUGUUUCACGUUAAUAAAACACAUCGAUGGACUGCU